GGUUCUUCUCUGUGAGCCAGCAAAGCGAAGCGAAGCGAAGAAGUGGAAUAAGAAGAAGACCCAAAAUCAAUACUUUGUAGUUCAUUCGAAUCCAUCGAUGGAGUGGAGAAGAGGUAAAUCCGUCGGCCAGGGGAGCUUCUGUUCUGUGAAUUUGGCGAUCCCCGCAGGGGAUUUUAGUCUGGUUAUGCAGUUCCCUCAGUUGAUGGCGGUGAAAUCAGCUGUUGUUUCCGAGUGUUCUUCGCUUCAAAGUGAAAGAGAAAUUUUAGCCCAUCUCAGAGAUUGCCCACAAAUCGUUCGUUGUCUCGGAGAUGACCACACCAUUGAAAACGGUCAGCGAUUUUACAAUGUCUUCUUGGAGUACGCUUCCAGAGGUACUCUGGCUGAUCUGCUCAAGAAAUCUGGUGGAGCUUUGGUUGAAUCGGAUGCGAGGCGUUAUACAAGGUCAAUUCUUAGAGGACUCCAUUGUAUUCACGAAAGGGGCUUCGUCCACUGCGAUAUCAAGCCUCAGAACAUCCUAGUCUACUCUGCUCCGGACGGCAGCGACGAUGUCAAGAUCGCUGAUUUCGGAUUGGCGAAGAAGGCAGGAGCAGUAGAGAAUCUGAAUUUGAGGGGAACGCCUCUUUACAUGUCACCUGAAUCCAUUACCUGCAACGAACACGAGGCACCGUGCGACGUGUGGUCGCUUGGGUGUGCCGUGGCCGAGAUGAUGAUCGGUAGACCGGCAUGGAAUCGGAGAGUCGACACAGACAUCAGUGCUCUCUUGUUUCGGAUUGGUUUCGGGGAAGAAUUGCCGGAGAUCCCAGAGAAGAUGUCGGAACAGGGGAAGGACUUCUUGAGAAAAUGUUUUGUGAAGGAUCCGUCAAAGAGAUGGACGGUUGAGAUGUUAUUGAAUCACCCCUUUGUAGCGGAAGACAUUGUUUCAUUGCCUCAAGCUCACAAACCAUCUCCUUCUCCGUCUCCGAGGAGUGCUUUCGAUUUCCCCGAGUGGAGAAGCUCUACUGAAUCGACCCUUUUGAAUUCGAUCUCUUGUUCUUCUUCUUCGUCGUCGUCAUCAGAGUCUUAUACUUGUGAUCAACAACAUUCUGGUCGACCUGAUUCCAAUUUGAGUUCCUAUUCUUCUCCGGUCAAUCGAAUUCGGCAGAUCGUGACAGAGAGACGGCCAAAUUGGGAUUCUUCAGAAGCCUCAGAUAGUUGGGUCAUUGUACGGUGAGGGCUCCCCUGUUUUCUCAGAGAAGGGUUCAAGUAGUGCUGAAGGAGACGGAGCAGAGGAGGGAAGGUUCAGGCGAACCAGAAGUCCAGUCCGGUUCAUUGAGCGGUUCGAUUCCCUUCGAUUUUUUUGAAAGAAUUGUAAAUAGGUUAGUAGAGAGGAACACACAGGCCAUCUGAUUGAUGGUACAUGGCUCGAUCCAACGGUUGUGAUCAAUGAAUGGAUUCCAUUGUACAGUGUUACCAUAACUUGUUUAACAUUAUAACAUGAAGCAUUCUUUUAUCUGAAAA